AUGUCAGAGGAAGAUACGAGGUAUCCUCAUGAAAGCGCAUUGAAUAAAGGAAAGCAUAAAAUGGAUGGUCUGCUUCGUGGGCUGGAUCUAAAUAAUGUAGUUAUAGAAAAACGCUCUAGAAAUAAUUCAGAAUCAUCGCAUUCCGUAUCAGGGGAAGCUGCAUCUAAAAAAAAAUCAAACACCACUUUAUCUGACACAAGCAAAAUAACUAAGCACAGGAAAAGUAGCAAUGAAAUUUAUUUGGCAAAAGUAAUCGAGGAAUAGGAAGAUUCAUAAGAGGAUAAUCGUAAAGCAAAUCAAUAAAAAGAUUUAAAAGAGGUUAAAGUAAAAAAUUCUACAGAAGAUUUAAAUUCUUAGAGGAGAAAAUUGAGAUCUUCAGGAAUAGAAAAGUAAGAUGAAAUAUCAAAUAUUAAAAGUAAAAAGCAUCAGAAAAUUAAUGCUAAAGUUACAUAGCAUACUGAAAAAAUUAUGAACUAAAAAGUCUAGUAGGAGUAGAGUACAUUUAAUUUGAAUAACUCGAACGAAGAAGGAUUAUCUUCAACUUCUUGCUCUUCAGAUUUAUUAAAAAAGACCAGAAAUAAAUCAAAUUAUGAGGUUGAAGUACUCAGUUCUCAUAAAAAUCCUAUUCAUGUUUUAGGAAGUACUUUGAAAAUUGAAAAGCAGGUAGAAAAAAAAAGGAAAACUUCUGAUUCUUAAAAAGUAGAGCCAUCUGCUGAGUAAUCUAAAGUAGUAUCUAAAGAAAAAUAAAAAUCCUCUCAAAAUAAAAAAGAAGAAGCUUAAUUUCAGAGUCAAAAGUAAAUGUUAGAUAAAGGCAAUGUAUUUGGCUAAGAAAAUUUUAGAAAAUCAACACGCUCAAAUUCACUGAGUAGUGAAUCUAUUAGAAAACAUAGUUCUGAAGAUAAUACAAAUUCUUUGAAAAAGUAAGCACAUAAAAAAAAGGAUUUGUCGUCUACUCCUUUAAAAAGUUAAAGUUAGAGAGAUCUAAGAGCUUCAAAGAGAGAGAUAUUUAAAAAUUAAGAAUUGCAAGAACUUCAAUAAUUAGAAAAGAUUUCAUCAGAAUAAAAAUAAAUUAAACAAACCGAUUAAUUAAAAACUUUAAAAAAGUAAGAUAACAACAAAGAAAAUUUAGCUAGCAAAAUAGAAAAUUAGAAAUAUAAUUCCAAUGAGCAUACAAUAAAAAAAUAGGUUACAUUCAAAGAAAAAUUAAGUGAGAUAAUAGGGGAAGAAGCAGAGUCUGCACCAGUUAAAGGAAGCUUUAACAACGCCUACGACUAUAAUGUUCAUUAGGAUUCUGAUUCGGAAAAAGAUUACUUUCCUUCUAAAAAAGCAUUAAAAAAUCAUAAGAAGGAGAAAAGAAUUAAAAAAAGGUAAGAAAAUAAAUUAGAAAUAGCAAUUAAAAAAACUUAAAAACUCCUCAAAACUAAGAGUAUGUAAAUGAGGCAAUAAAGAACUAUAAUUAGUGUGGAAAUUCCUUCUGAGUCAUCUUUCGAAGAUGAUGAAGAUGAAGAGACUGCUGGGUAGAAUCAUAAAACAAACCAUUUAAAAAAUUAAAAAGUUGCAUUUUUCUCAAAAAAAUUAAAUGAUUUAGAUAAAACAAAUAGCUAUAAAUCAAAAAGAGAAAAAGUUAUUUAAGAGAAUUGUUCUAGUUUGUAAAUAUAAGAAGGAAAAAAAAGUCAAUAAAUUUUAGAAAUCUCAGACAAUAGAAAUGGAAAAAAUAAGUCUAAUGAUGUUAUGCUUACAUCUUUAUAGCAGAAAAAUAUAAAAUCUUUAUCUUUAGAAGCUUCUGGCUAAAAAAAUUUAAAUAGCAAUCUAUAAAUAAAUUCUUAAGGUGUAGAGAAUGAAGCUUAAACACAAAAUGGCAAAAUAAUUCAAAAAAAUUAAAAUGCAUAUGGCAAGAAUAAAAAUAGCGAAAGCAAGUCUGGCAAUAAUAGUUUAGAAAUUUAAUCCUAAAAAAAAAAUUUAUAGAUAUAAUAAAUUCAUUCUACUAAUUAGUAAGUAAAAGCUGAGAUUGAAUUUAAAGAUAAAUAAAUUAAGAAAAAACAAUCUUUUACAACAAAUCUUUAAAACUAAAUGAAUUUAAAAGAUAAGCAAUUUUAAAACACAAAUAAUUUUAACUCAGAAAUAGGAAUUACCCAAAGAGAAAAUAACUCAGACCAAAACGAAACCGACUUAAAUCUAGAAUAAAAAAAUCUUAAGCGCUUAAACAAUUUUAAUACACCAUUAGAAGGUUACCCAACGAAUAUAUGCUCCUCCUCUUCUCUACUUAUUAUUGAGGAGGAUAAGUUAGUAAAAGAUGUAAAUAACGAUCCACAUACUUUGAGCCAAGAUUAGGCUAACUAAUUUACCAAUUAAUAAGAAUCAUCUAAAACAUAACUUAUCCCUAAAUGCGCUCAUUAAGAUGGCCAAUAAAAACUAUAAAAUGAAGAAAAUUUUUAACAAUAAGAAGAAGACUAUCAAGAUAAUUUUGCUAGUAAUUCCUAAUAAAUAAGAAGUGCUGAACAAGAUAUUACAGGCUAAGUAGAAGUAAAUUAAACCUAAUAAAAGAACAUUUUCAGUUAAUAAAGACAAAUUUAGAAUGAAAAUCGUAAAAGAGAUGUAAGUAGCCCCUUCUUCUAUGAUCCUAAAAUAGAAUUUAUAAACACCAACAUUUUCUUUAAAAACUUUUAUACAGAGUUUCAACCAUAAAAUAGAAAAACCUUCUAUUAAAAAGUAGCAUAUUAACACCACUUAUAAACUUACUCACUAACUUAGUAACAUACUCCCAGUUAGUAAACCCAAUCUAUUGUUUAAUAAAGUUAGAAACCUGAAAGCAAUAAUCAAAUCUAAGUUGUUUCUUAACAAAAUGAAUAAUAAAAAGAAGAGUAAUUGUUAUAAGCAGAAAUAUAGGAUGAGGAAAAAUUACUCAAAGAGUAAUUAAGUAUUGAAUAAAAUUACUAAAAUCAUAGUAACUAAUUGAUUAGUAUUGGCUAGAAUGAUAAUUUUAUAGAAAAAAAUAUUUGUUAGGAAAAUUCAUAAGAUUUAAAUCAAACUAAUAGCAAAGUCCAAAAAGACAUUACUAGCAAUGAAAUGCAAAUUGAAAAGUAAGCAUUAAGCUAAUAAGCUUAAUCAAACUUAUAAAAUGCCUAAGAUGAGUAGAAUUAAGAGCUAAAAAAGAAACAUAUUGGAAUUUUAGCGGAUAAAAAUAAGGAAUCAGGCGAAAAUAUGGUUUAAUUGCAAUCUGAGCUAGACCUAUUAUAUGAAAAGUAUUACCCAAGCUAAACUUAUAUAAAUUGUGAUUUGAAGUACUUUAACCUAGAAUUGAUAAUUUAAAAUACGGGAUUAUUUGAUAUUGUUUACAUGGAUCCUCCUUGGAGAAUAAAAGGUGGUUAGCAAUUUGAUAGUUAGUUCAUGUUUUCUAAUAGUAAAUUUUCUUUGGAUUAUGAUACAAUGUCUAAUAAAGAAAUUAUGGACAUUCCAGUUGAGAGGUUAUCAAACAAAGGUUUCUUAUUUUUAUGGAUUUUGAACACAUAAAUGAAUACUGCUAUAUAGAUGAUGCAAAAAUGGGGAUACAACUUGGUUGAUAAAAUCGUGUGGGUUAAAAUGAAAGAUAAAAAUGUUUAUCUAUCCCAUGGAUAUUAUUUUAUGCAUUCUUUUGAACUUUGUCUUAUUGGAUAUAAGAAUGAUACCAAAGAUGACCUUACUAGCAUAUAUCCAGCAUCAAACCCUUUUUCAGUUAUAGAUGAAAAUAUUUUAGAAGAAAACAAGUCGAAAGGAGGCAACAAGAAAAGUGAAAUAAACUUGGAAUACCCUCAUUUUUUUAACAAAAUUUCUAACAAUGUCAUCUUUGCCGAAGUUAGAAAGAAAUCGCAGAAGCCUGAUGAAAUUUAUGAAAUUAUAGAUCUAUUAAUACCCGGAGCUAAAAAAAUUGAAUUAUUUGCUCGUAAUAAUAAUUUGCGUCCAGGCUGGGUAAGUGUUGGCAACUAACUAGGUGAAACUUACGAAAAAUGGAUGCAUUAAGUAAAUUGUGAUAACUGUCACUAGGAAAUUGUAAAGGGAAAGCUAAAAAGAUAUAAGUCUCGUAGGAUAAAUAAUUAUGAUAUAUGCGAAAAUUGUGUGUUGAAUUUUGAUAAGAAAGAUUUUUAUGAAAUACAAAACAAAGUAAAUGAGGAUAUUUUGCAUAAUUAUCAAAGUUGUAAUCGUUGUGAAGCUGAACCAAUAUGGGGAAUCAGAUUCCAUUGUAUGAUUUGCAAAGAUUUUGAUUUAUGUGAAGCUUGUGUAGAUGAAAAUACGAAGUUAUGUGAAGAAGAGUAGUUCCAUAACUUGCAACAUGACAUGAAAAUUAUCGAAGUGCCAGUAUUUGCAGAUGGAUUUCCUGUUCAUGAUAGAAAAUGUUAAUCUUGCUUUAUGAGCCCGAUCAUAGGCACUUGUUUUACAUGCAAGUAAUGCUAAGGGAACUUUAAUCUUUGUUAGAACUGUUAUUUUAGCAAGCCAAUAGAGACCAUUAAAAACAAAAGACAUAGACCAGAACAUUAAAUGGAUGCACUUAUAAGUCCAGUCAAAAAUACUAAAACUAAAAAGAUUUAGUUUAAAUGUGCAGGAUGUGGAGUUUUAAAUUUAAAAGAUAUGUACAAGUGUGAAAACUGUUAUGGUUUUUAUUUCUGUCUAUCAUGUUAUGAGACUAAAUGCGAUGAUUUUAAAACUUACAUGGCGAGUUCCCAUAAAAAUUACCAUUCACUUAUUAGAUAUAAUCUUGAAGAAAUUGAGAGUUAGAACGAAUAGAAAGUUGAACUGCAAGAUGCUUAGGCUUAGUAGAUCAACAACGAUCCUAUAAAUAGUCAACUUAUACUUAAUGUUAUAUCUCAAAUCUUAGACACAGAUGAAGUCAAUAAACCAUAAAAUAUUGAUAAUUAUGCUGAAGAAGGGAGAUAAGACUAAUUAAAAGAAUUGAAUUAGAAAUAAAUUGAUGAAGAUGAAGAUAAUAUCCUAAAAAAUAAAACAGAAAUAUAAGAAGAGUCUAGAAAUAUUAAUUAAGACACUAAAAAUAAAAAAAAUGGCUAAACUAAAAGACCCUAUAAUAGAAAGUAAAAAGUUAAAUCAAUAGAAGACAAAGAUGAGACCAAUUUGGAUAAAUAAAAUAAUAAUUAAGUUGAAUUAUAAAAUGAUAAAUAAAAUGAGUAAUUAAAUAUUGAAUAAGAUUAAUCAGGAAAUUAAAAUAUGAAUCAGCUAAAGGAAGAUCAAGAUGAGUUGGAAAAGGCUGAAGAAUAAAAUUUAAAAAGCAAUUUAGUGAAAAAAAUAAGAAAAAAAAGGGUGAGUAAGAAAUAAAAAUAAUAACUAGAAGAUUAAAGUGAGGAAAAAAAAGAAGAAAAUAAUGACUAAUUAAUUGAUAAGAAGUCCGACUCAAUUAACAAUGAAAACAAAAGUGUAGACGAGUCUAAAUAAAAUUAGAUGGAAGAGGAAGAAGAUUAAAAAGAGGAAAGCAAUAAAAAUGAAGAUGAUAAAGAGGAGAAUGAAAUACAAGAAGAAAAUAAAGUUGUUAAGAAAAGGAAAAGAAGAACUAAAGAAGAGAUAGAAAAAUUCAAACAAGAAAAAGAAUAAAAAAAUUUGGAGUACUUGAUCGGUCUACAAGAUGGUAAAGAAAAGAAAAAAAGAGGAAGACUUCCUAAAUUAAAAGAUAAUUCCAAACUGUAAGUAUUGUUGAAUAGUUAAAUAGAAUAAAAUUAACAACAAAAGUAAUCAGAUGAAAACUCAUUUUUGUAAAUAAACUAAUCAAAUAUAAAUGAAUAAUUUUUUGAUAAGCAGCAUAAUGAAUACAACCAAAAACUCAUAUAAGAUUAACUAUUGUUAGAAACCUUAUCAAAUUAACCAUCACAAAUUGUAACAGAGUUGUAAUAUAAACUGAAGCUUUUAGAGUCUUAUUAAUAAUAAAAAGUUGUUUCCGAAAAUGAAAAUACUAAGCUUAAUAAUAGUAAUAAUGAUAUAUACUUUUUAUCAGAUAUCAACUAAGCUUCAGACUCUAAAGAGAAUACUCUCCAUUUUUAAAUCUAAAACUAAUUAAAUAAAAAUAAAAUUUCAAAUUUUAAUUACUCUAACUAAGAGGAUUAACAAAUUUAAAAUCCAUUUGACUAUGACUUACUAUAAAACCUAUUAAAUUCAAUAAAUAGAAACUCUCUAUAAUAAUCAAACCACUCUUACAAUGAAGAAAAUACAAUUCAAUAUAAUAAUAAUUCUGUUGAAAAAAUAAUUUAAGAUGUCAAAGAAAAUUAACAAAAAGAAAACUUAAUUGGCCAAGUCAAUCAAGAAUAGAUUAAUUAAGAAGACUAAAAUGAUGAUGAAUCAUAUGAUUCGUCUAGCUCUUCAAGUUGA